CCCCCCUCCCCCAGGCUGUUUUUCCACUUGCAAGCAAAUAUGUUCCGUCCCACUCCUACUUCUCUUUUAUGGAGUUAAAAGUGUCUGUGGACUCGUAGACAAAAAACAGUGAAGACGACAGCCCCAGGCUCUGCUGGUCUCAGCCUCCAGCCCUGUGCAGAGGCAGCAGGAGAGAGCAGGGUAGGCAGUGGGACACUUCGGGUGCCGCCUGCAUCCUCAGCCAGUACCUGCCAGGAACCUGCCGUGUCUGUGCCUCCACCCGCCUGGGAACCCAGCCCUCAGAGGCCAAGCCACAGAUGCCUCUGACCCCAGUUCUGGGUUCCAAGUCCUGCCCAAGGACCUCCAUGUCUAUCCGGCCGUGAGCAAAGCCUUUUACCCUCUCAAGAGCUUCACUUCCUGCUUGGUCUCUGAAUCCUCCCUACCCUGAAGACCUCACAGGGUGAUCAAAGGCAGGACCGCACAUUUUGUACAAUUACUAGGUAUCGUUUAUUUUCCAACAUUCCUAGCAAGACAGCAGCUUUUAUCUGCUUUCCAGAGUAGCACACUGAGGCCAAGCAGAUUUGAAUUGUGUGGAGAGCCUGGGUCUCCAAAGUGAGGUCUUACACACCCCACCCUCACCACUGACUGGAAACCUCUUUCUUCCCUCCAAAGUCCCAGGCCCCUCUGAGCGUUAGCAUGGCCUGGAUCCCGCAAGGCCACCCUCGCCCCGGCCUGAGGGAAGUUAGUGGUAGGAGACCUGAAGUGCUUGUGGGAACUCCCACCCCCCAGGGGCCUAGGCUCCUUCCUUCCUUCCUCACCCGCCUUCUCAACUGGACGUCCUGAGCCUCCGCUGAGGCAGACAUUUAGGGCUUAUCUGCUGUUUUGUAGGAAGCACCAUGGCAGCCACUGUAGGUAACAAAAUGGCACAACGCUACCCAGCCUGCGGGUGACCCCCGCCUGUAAGCCUUCCUAGUCCCAUCUGGAGCCAUCGACCCCACUCACAUCUCCCUCCUCCCCCACCCCGCGCUCCGCCUGCCUCAACCCACCCGUCACCAUGGCUGCCCUGAUCGCAGAGAAUUUUCGCUUCCUGUCACUCUUCUUCAAGAGCAAGGAUGUGAUGAUUUUCAAUGGGCUGGUGGCUCUGGGCACAGUGGGCAGCCAGGAGCUGUUCUCUGUGGUGGCCUUCCACUGUCCCUGCUCGCCGGCUCGGAACUACCUGUACGGGCUGACAGCCAUCGGAGUGCCUGCCCUGGCCCUCUUCCUCAUCGGCAUCAUCCUCAACAACCACACCUGGAACCUGGUCACUGAGUGCCAAUAUCGGAGGACCAAGAACUGCUCAGCUGCACCCAACUUCCUGCUCCUAAGCUCCAUCCUGGGCCGGGCAGCCGUGGCCCCCGUCACCUGGUCAGUCAUCUCCCUGCUGCGCGGGGAGGCCUAUGUCUGCGCUCUCAGCGAGUUCGUGGACCCUUCCUCCCUCACAGCGGGGCCAGAGGGCUUCCCUCGAGUGCACGCCACAGAGAUCCUGGCCAGGUUCCCUUGUGGUGAGGGCCCAGCCAACCUGUCAGACUUCAGGGAGGAGGUCAGCCGCAGACUCAAGUACGAGUCCCAGCUCUUCGGGUGGCUGCUCAUUGCCGUGGUGGCCAUCCUGGUGUUUCUGAUCAAGUGCCUGAAGCAUUACUGCUCACCGCUCAGCUACCGCCAGGAGGCCUACUGGGCACAGUACCGCACCAACGAGGACCAGCUCUUCCAGCGCACAGCUGAGGUGCACGCCAGGGUGCUGGCUGCCAGCAAUGUGCGCCGCUUCUUCGGCUUUGUGGCUCUCAACAAGGAUGACGAGGAGCUAGUCACCAAAUUCCCGGUGGAGGGCACGCAGCCACGGCCGCAGUGGAACGCCAUCACCGGAGUCUACCUGUACCGUGAGAACCAGGGCCUCCCACUCUACAGCCGCCUGCACAAGUGGGCCCAGGGUCUGGCGGGCAACGGCAGGAGCCCCGACAGUGUGGAAAUGGCCCUGCUUGCCUCCUGAUGCCUGGCGCUCCACCUUGGCACCAGAAGGGUUUCCUUUCCCAACCACUGCUUCUUGGGUGAACAGGCUGAGGGAAGGCGGCGAGGUCAGCUGAAGAAACACCCUUCCUGACCCUGGUGCCACCAGCUGCUUGGUUCACAGCUUCAGGGUAAACUCUUUCCCAUUGCGGGUCCUUACUUAACAGUGCGUGGACAAACUGCUGGUGGGACUCCAGGCCAAGAAGCCCCAAGCCUGCAGAGCAGGUGAUAGUGGCCUCACGGGUGUGCAGUUAAUUUAUGUCUAACUGCAGAACAGGGCUUGGCUGUACACUGCUGAAAGCUGCCUUCGUUGUAAGCCUCUGGCUUGAUUUUUUGUAUCUAAAUUUCAUAAAGUUUUUGUUACCAUAACGGA